UAUACUUCUCUCGUUUUCUUCUCACCUUUAACACCUCAAGAUUGGAAGAAAGUAGAACCGAGAAAGCUAUAAAAUUUCUUGACGAUGCCCAACACCGUGUGUUACUUCGAUAUCAGUAUCGGCGGUGCUCCAGCUGGUCGAUUGACAUUCGAGUUGUAUGACGAUGUGGUGCCCAAAACCGCUGAGAAUUUCAAACAACUUUGCAUAGGUGACAAGACCAAUGCGGCUGGUGUAAAAUUGGCAUAUGCUGGUUCUUGCUUCCAUCGAUGUAUCAAAGGCUUCAUGCUGCAAGGAGGAGAUUUCACAAAAGGGGACGGGACAGGCGGAGAAUCCAUCUAUGGAGAAAAGUUUGCAGAUGAAGGUUUCUCUUUGAAACAUGAUAAACCCAUGUUACUUUCCAUGGCAAAUGCUGGACCUAACACUAACGGAUCCCAAUUCUUCAUCACCACCGUACCCACUCCUCAUCUCGAUGGAAAACACGUAAUCUUCGGCAAGGUACGAACUAACCGUGGUCUCGUACGACGCAUAGAGGCCUUACCAACUACUUCGGAUCGACCGAACGAAGAGGUCAAGAUUGUCGCUGCCGGCGUUUUGACAGAAGAGGAUCUAGCAAAGGAGGAAGAGGAGAGGAGGUCGGCUCAGGAAGGAGCGGCGGGUGAGGACAUUUGGGAGGAUUACCCAGCAGAUGAAGAGGGAGUAGAUACGGAGAAACCAGAGGAGGCACUUGGUGUGGCAUUGAAGUUGAAAGAAAUCGGAACUACGGAAUUCAAAAACGGUCAAUUUGCCACCGCAUUGGACAAGUAUCAAAAAGCUCUUAGAUACCUUGAUGUCCAUCCUGUCUUGCUGGAUGGGGAUGCGGAAUUGGAGGACAGGUUCCGUGUCGCUCGUAUACCCCUCCUGACCAACGCGGCACUAGCAGCGAUCAAAUGUUCCCCACCGGCUGGUUCUCUCGCUAUUUCUCUCGCCUCCCGUGCUCUAUCCUUGACCGGUCUGACCGAUGCCGAGCGUGGUAAAGCCCUCUACCGUCGUGCCUUGGGUAAAUCUUUGGUGAAAGACGACGAAGGAGCUGAGAUCGAUCUCAAAACCGCCCUCCAAGCUGUUCCCGGCGAUGCGGGCAUCGUGAAGAUGUUGAAGGAAGUGGAAGCUAGAUUGAAGGCCCGGAAGGAGAAAGAAAGGAAGGUUUAUGCGAAAAUGUUCGCAUGAAGAGGGUGUUUCGAUAUCCGACGCGGGCCCGUCUUUGGUAUCAGUGUGGACAACGAGGGAACGAAAAUAGCAUUUGCAUCUUAAAAGUUUUAUCACUACGUAAGCAUACUUUCAAACCAUCAUUCAUAUCUCUAU